AUCAUACAAGUCAGCCAUCUCCCACACAACGUUUCUCUCUGUUUCCAUCCCUUGCUGUUGCCUUUCCAAAGCCAAAGACACCCCGCAGCUUCUCUCCGUCUUGAUCGGCUCCGGCAAUGGCCUCUGCCGACAGCGAGAUCAUCCACGAGUUCCGCUUCUUCAGGGUCUACAAGGACGACCGCGUCCAACUCUUCAAGCCUCCUGUCGAGAAGAUCCCGCCAUUCGAUGACCCUGCCACAGGGGUCCGCUCCAAAGACGUCACCAUCUCCUCCGACCCGCCCGUCUCCGCCCGCCUCUUCCUCCCCAAGACCGCUGCCGCUCCCGGCUGCUCCAAGCUCCCACUUCUGUUUUACCUCCACGGUGGCGGCUUCUGUAUGCAGUCCGCCUUCUCUCGCCAGCACCACGGCUUUGUUGCUGCUGUGGUGGCAGCGGCUGACUGUGUGGCAGUCUCAGUAGAGUACGGGCUUUUCCCGGACCGGCCCCUUCCCGCCUGUUAUGAAGACUCGUGGGCUGCCCUCCAGUGGGUAGCGGCCAAGCAAGACCCGUGGAUUGCCGAACACGUGGAUCUCGACAGGGUGUUCAUUGCCGGGAACAGCGCAGGAGGAAAUAUAUCCCACACUUUGGCGUGUCGAGUCGGGUCAAUCAGGUUGUCUGGGGUGAAGGUGGUUGGGGUCAUACUGGUCCAUCCAUACUUUGGUGGCACGGGCGACGACAGGAUGUGGCUCUACAUGUGCCCAACAAACGCCGGACUCGAGGACCCAAGGCUAAAGCCAUCGACUGCAGACCUGGCGAGGCUUGGGUGCGAGAGGGUUCUGGUUUUCGUGGCGGAGAAGGAUCACCUGAUGGAGGUGGGGAUCAGGUAUGUUGAGGAGCUGAAGAAGAGUGGUUGGGGAGGGAAUGUGGAAUUGGUAAAGAACGUUGGGGAGCCCCAUUCCUUCCACAUGUCUGACCCCAACUAUGAGAAGGCUGUGGAGUUGAAGAACAAGUUUGCUUCUUUCAUCAGGCCAUAGAUCAGUCAAGUAGGUCGUAAAUUUAUCGGUCAUGCUCGCAAUGCCGAAGCUCGGUGAGAAAGUUCGAGAGCUGAGCACGAGGAUCAUGGUAGCUGUGAUAAAUGGAUCUCUGGUAAACUUUUCUCUGUGAAUCAUGUUAUUUCAAUACAUAAUAUUUGAGUAUGCCA